GGCGGGGACGUUGCCGCCAUGGGGGAGCUGUUCCGCAGCGAGGAGAUGACCCUCGCCCAGCUCUUCCUGCAGUCCGAGGCCGCCUACUGCUGUGUCAGCGAGCUGGGCGAGCUGGGGAAGGUCCAGUUCCGCGACCUGAACCCGGAUGUGAACGUGUUCCAACGUAAAUUUGUUAAUGAAGUCAGGAGGUGUGAAGAAAUGGACCGAAAGCUAAGGUUUGUUGAGAAGGAGAUUAAAAAGGCAAAUAUUCCCAUCAUGGACACUGGUGAAAACCCAGAGGUACCUUUUCCCCGUGACAUGAUUGACUUGGAGGCAAACUUUGAGAAAAUUGAAAAUGAGCUUAAAGAAAUCAACACAAACCAGGAAGCUCUGAAGAGAAAUUUCUUGGAGCUGACGGAGUUAAAAUUUAUACUGCGCAAAACUCAGCAAUUCUUUGAUGAGGCUGAAUUGCAUCAUCAGCAGAUGGCGGAUCCAGACCUGUUGGAGGAAUCCUCAUCACUCUUGGAACCAAGCGAGAUGGGAAGAGGUGCCCCACUACGACUUGGGUUUGUGGCUGGCGUGAUCAACCGUGAGCGAAUCCCUAUGUUUGAGCGCAUGCUGUGGCGAGUGUGCCGAGGCAACGUAUUCCUGCGUCAAGCAGAAAUUGAAAACCCCCUGGAGGAUCCUGUCACGGGGGAUUAUGUGCACAAGUCUGUGUUUAUCAUCUUUUUCCAAGGUGACCAAUUGAAAAAUAGAGUCAAGAAGAUCUGUGAAGGAUUCCGUGCCUCCCUCUACCCCUGCCCAGAAACACCACAGGAGCGGAAGGAAAUGGCUUCUGGCGUCAAUACCAGGAUUGAUGAUCUUCAGAUGGUGCUGAACCAAACAGAAGAUCAUCGCCAAAGGGUUCUGCAAGCAGCUGCUAAAAAUAUCCGUGUCUGGUUCAUCAAAGUGCGCAAGAUGAAGGCCAUCUACCAUACCCUGAAUCUGUGCAACAUUGAUGUGACACAGAAGUGCCUGAUUGCUGAAGUCUGGUGUCCUGUUGCUGACCUUGAUUCUAUCCAGUUUGCUCUCAGAAGAGGCACUGAACACAGUGGAUCCACUGUCCCAUCUAUUUUAAACAGGAUGCAAACCAAUCAGACCCCACCAACAUACAACAAAACUAACAAGUUUACUUCUGGCUUUCAAAACAUAGUUGAUGCUUACGGCAUUGGAACUUACCGGGAGAUAAAUCCAGCACCAUACACAAUCAUUACCUUCCCGUUUCUGUUUGCUGUGAUGUUUGGAGACUUUGGCCAUGGAAUCCUGAUGACUCUGAUUGCUGUCUGGAUGGUACUUAGGGAAAGUCGUAUUCUGUCACAGAAAAGUGACAAUGAGAUGUUCAACACCGUUUUUAGUGGUCGAUACAUCAUUUUGCUAAUGGGACUGUUCUCCACUUACACGGGCCUCAUCUAUAAUGACUGCUUCUCCAAGUCUCUCAAUAUGUUUGGUUCAUCAUGGAGUGUCCGGCCGAUGUUCUUAAAAAGCAAUUGGUCAGAGCAACUGCUUGAGACUACCCCUCUGCUCCAGCUGAACCCUGCUAUUCCAGGGGUGUUUGGUGGACCCUAUCCCUUUGGCAUUGACCCAAUUUGGAAUAUUGCCAGCAAUAAGCUGGCCUUCCUCAAUUCGUUUAAGAUGAAAAUGUCUGUGAUUCUUGGCAUUAUCCACAUGCUCUUCGGUGUCACACUGAGUCUUCUCAACCAUAUCUAUUUCAAGAAGCCAUUGAAUAUAUAUCUUGGAUUUAUUCCGGAAAUUAUUUUCAUGUCGUCACUGUUUGGAUACCUUGUUAUUCUCAUUUUCUACAAAUGGACAGCCUAUGAUGCUCACACGUCAAAAGAUGCACCGAGCCUUUUAAUACAUUUUAUCAACAUGUUUCUGUUCUCCUAUAGUGAUACCAGUAACAAGAUGCUUUAUAAAGGGCAGAAAGGCCUCCAGUGUUUCCUUGUGGUGGUGGCAUUACUGUGUGUGCCAUGGAUGCUGGUAGCUAAACCCCUGGUCCUUCGCCAUCAGUAUUUAAGGAGAAAGCACUUGGGAACACACAACUUUGGUGGGAUCCGGGUGGGCAACGGACCAACUGAGGAAGAUGCUGAGAUCAUUCAACAUGACCAGUUAUCUACCCAUUCUGAAGAAGGGGAAGAGCCUACAGAGGAUGAGGUGUUUGACUUUGGUGAUACUGUGGUAUACCAGGCUAUCCACACCAUUGAAUACUGCCUGGGGUGCAUUUCAAACACUGCAUCCUACUUGAGGCUCUGGGCUCUCAGCUUAGCCCAUGCACAGCUCUCAGAGGUGCUGUGGACCAUGGUGAUCCACAUCGGCCUCAGCGUGAGGAGUCUGGGUGGAGGCUUUGGCCUCUUCUUCAUAUUUGCUGCCUUUGCUACCCUGACAGUAGCAAUUCUUCUGGUCAUGGAGGGCCUGUCUGCUUUUCUCCAUGCUCUUCGCUUGCACUGGAUUGAAUUCCAGAACAAGUUCUACACUGGCACUGGAUUCAAGUUUCUCCCUUUCUCGUUUGAUACCAUCCGUGAAGGAAAAUUUGAUGACUAGAGAUCCCUCAGCUUGAGCAGUGUUAAGCUUUGUUCUGUGGUUAGCCCUGUCCCGUGUGUCCGAGUUGCAUGUAAUCCUCCCUUAGUGACAAUAACUUAUUGCAGCACGCUCAAGUGUUACCAUGGAGCUUCAAAGCCAAGAGCUUUGACAUCCGUCGGUAGUGAGCGACACUGGAUCAAAGCUUUUCUUUCCUGAAGUUUACCACUGAAGAUACUAAGUGCAUGAAGUGUUUGGAUUUGAUGUGUAAUAGUGUAUUUCUCAUGUUGUGAAUUUCCUGGCAGGCUGAUCAGAGCAGUAUGGGAAAAAUGCGGCUAUGGCUGAGUGGGCAGAAAGAUGUGGGGAAAAAGGCGUAACAGCUUCAGUUUGCAUAAAGCUUGCUGCUCAGAGGAGAAACUUUCUUUUUUUUUUCUUUUUUUUUUUUUUUUUUUUUUUUUUUUUUAAACAUAUGGAUCCUAUGUCUGCCUCUGAUUAAACAAAUCACAAGCACUGGGCAGCUUACGAUCCAGGGCACGCUUCUCCUACCUCUAACCCACGUGUGCAGUGUUUUUAUCUGGCAGAAACAUAAUGUCUUAUCCCUUGCUGGGAUUCAGCUCUUCUCUGAACUCUGGGCAUGGCUCGAAGGGGCAUGAUUCAGCCUCAGAUAAGUGUAUGGUGGCUCUCCGUUUGCUGUGAUGAAGGGGCAGCAUCUUUUCCUGGCCUGGUUUCUCCCUGCAGAAAAGACUGUUCCUUUCCUGGCAGAGAGGAGAUGCCCCUUUAGCUGCGCACCUGCAUGUUCGUACCCCAGAUGAAGCCCUGUGGCCAGCAGUGAAAGCUUGCUUGCCUGUUCCAGCUCUGCUUCAGGAGCUGGAGGAGCGGCGCUUGCCAGGCUUGCUGCGGUGAGAACGGGGGGCUCGAGCACAGAGUCCUCGGCUGCCUUGCCGCGGCAGUCUGGGGGGCCCACGGGCGGGCACCCUGCGGCCGGUCUGUGCACAGAUCAGUCUGAAAACCGGACUUGCAGCGUGGACAGAAGGAUUGGGCACUCACUGGACAGAAAUAGUAUAAAUUGGGUGUAAUAGGCAUUGGUGGGUGUUCUGGUGUUUCUUAAACUGUAGCAGUUAGCACAUGUCCCCAUUGUGUCCGGGUGCUCGUGCACGUGGGGGUCUUGGUGGGGGCAUUUCUUUUUUGACUGAGUUCAUGUCGUUCACCUCGUUGCCAGCCGUGCAGUUGGAGAGCUCAUUCCCGGCAUCGUGGAUCCUGCUCCUCAAAUUCUGUUUCCUGUUGUGUAGAGCUGGACUCUGCUUCCGAGUCCAUGGCUGUCUAGACAAAAGGAACCAGGGUACUUGUUUAGCUGGAAUGGAAAAAAAAUAAUAGUUUUCUUUGCACAUUAAAGGGAGGAUUAUCUGUAGGUAGCCUGAAGGAAGCCCGUAUUGUAAUUCUUGCACUAUGGUGAUAUGGAGGAGGGAAGAACUUGGUGUUGCAAACUGUCACCUUGGGUAUCUGGCUACUGGCAGUGGAAGUUCUUGGGGUUUGUGUUUAAAAACAAAACCCUGAGCCUGUAAAGUCCUAGAGGUUCUGAAAUAUCUGAGUAAUGUCCACGUAGAUUUGACCUCAGUGCAAACAGUUACUGUAAGCACGGAGAUACCUGUGACAUGUUGUCAUGGCAAUUGUAUUCUCCUUUUCUAAGAAGCCCUUUAAGGGAGAACAGAAGGCUGAGUCUUGUCAAAAUAGUCUUCAUGGAAACGGCGUCUCAGCUGUAUGUCUCCGCUGUAGCUGUUGCUUUUUCUCCCAUGCAAGACGUGAAUAGUUUCUUGCCCUCCCCAACUUGAUGUAGCUGCAGGAGCAGUGGUGUGUGUGUGUGUGUGUGUGUGUGUGUGUGUGUUAGUGUUGUGUGCAACUUUGUCAUGUCUAAUUGUCACAGUGGAUCUAUAGUAUUUGUGUACGAAAAAUUAGAAUAUAAUGAGAAUCAUCUUAACCUGGAAUCGAAGAGGAAAUGUCAGGCGGUGCAGGGCUGCUUAAAAUGACAUGAGAAAGAUGUGUGUUUGCACUUAACGUGGGGGGCAGAACAACCCCCCGGAGCGGCGUUCCCUGCUGCCACGCGCGAGCACACGCGGCAAGGGCUGUGCCAUCCUUGCACUGCGCUUGGGCAGCUGCUCGGUGAUUACUGUGUUUACAGGCAAACUUCGCUGCGUGUUUACAAUGAUGUUUGCAAAACGAGAGACAAAAUCAAACGUAGUCUGCAGGUGGAGCAGUGACACCCGUCCUGCUGCCCAGGUGAAAUGCAUUACUGAUAGUCACUGUAUGAAUUAAAUUAACUGUACUACAA